CAGUCCGCCGCGAGAAAGAAGAGAAACAAGAAGAAGAACAACAAUUUGUUUCCGGUUUGUCGUUGUCGACUCUGACCCCCGGCGUGUGGGGAACUGUGGCUCUUUGUAAGGACAAAUCUUUGGUGAAUUUUCUAAAACGUGCCAGGUGUCCCCCCACCUCUCCAUGCGUGGUCCCUAAUGGGUGGCUGGUCUCGCAGUGCGGUGCUGGAGCUGUACCGAGCGCUGCUCCGUGCAGGCCGCCACCUUCAGUACACGGACCGUAACUACUACCGCCGCAUUGUGGCCCGCGAGUUUCGGCGCUGCCAGGCCCUGACAGCACCCAAAGACAAGGAGGACGCACUGAAGCGGGGCCAGUUCUUCCUCAGUAGUGGACUGGGUGGGCUGAUGUAGGGGUGGAGGGGUGAAAGACCAUCUGGAGUAGGACAUACAGACUGUUAUCUCUUAGAGAAAGGAUGGCAGGAGUGAAUGGAGACCGCAAAGGGAAGAAGGACGAUAAUGGGAUUGGCACAGCCAUCGACUUCAUGCUUUCCAAUGCCAAGCUUGUCCUUGGGGUGGGAGGAGCCGCCAUGCUUGGCAUUGCUACACUAGCUGUCAAAAGAAUGUAUGACCGUGCCAUAAGUGCUCCCACAAGCCCCACCAAGAUGGAGCAGGCAGGAAAGAGGAGCUGGGAGGAGCCCAGCUGGAUGGGCUCGUCGCCACGGGUGCUGAACCAUGACAUGAAGUCCACAGUCAGCAGGUCACUGCAGUCUCUGCCCACAUCAUCACACUCUUUUGAACCAGACUGUCUGCGGCGGACUCUGGGUCGAGCUGGCCUGGGAAGCAGCGGCGCCACUCAAACAGACCUGCUGCGGGCGCGGAUGCGUCUGUCCCUGCAGGAGCACCUGUGGGAGUUCUACCAGGAGAACGUGAACAUUCCUACCGACGAGCAGGCUACGGCCAGGAGGGCAGCCCUGGACAUCUGCGCUGAGCUCAGGGUCUUCCUGCACGCCAAACUGCCUGACAUGCCGCUCAGAGAGAUGUACCUGAGCGGCAGUCUGUACGACGACCUGCAGGUGGUGACUGCAGACCAUGCCCAGCUGAUGGUACCGAUGAUCUUGGAGAAGAAUCUGUGGUCGUCUAUCCCCGGAGAGGACACCAUCAUGAAUGUCCCAGGUUUUUGGCUUGUCCGCAGGGAAAACCUAGAAUAUUUCCCCCGGAGCAGCAGCUACUGGGACCGCUGCAUGGUCGGAGGCUACCUCUCUCCCAAGUCAGUCCUGGAGGUCUUUGAUAAGCUUGUGGCCGGCUCUAUCAACUGGCCAGCCAUAGGGAGUGUCCUCGACUAUGUCAUCCGUCCUGUGGUUCCCUCGGAAACUCUGACCCUUGAGGUGCAAUACGAGACAAACCGCAAGCUGUAUGUGGACUUCCUACCGUUGCUUGUGAUGGAGGAUGGAACCUCUCUGAUUGCCAAGCCUCAUCGGCUUGCAGCAGAGCGCCAUGAGAACCUGUGGCGGCAGAGCUUCCGCGUGGCAGAGACGGCACGGCUCAGAGCCCUGGAUCAGGAGGACGGCGGCUGCCGAUGCACCUGCCUGAAGGUGGCCAAGGCUGUGUGCAAGCUCAACCCUGCUCUCAACCGGCUCAACGCCAGCCAACUCACCAACACCAUACUGCUGCUGAGCGAAAAAGAGGGGGACUGGACCCAGGAGGCGCUGGCUGACCGCUUCCUUCAGCUGCUGCGGGCGCUAGUGGGACACUUAGAGGCCGGGAGGCUUCCCUGCGCUCUUAGCCCCAAAGUCAACCUGUUCUGUGAGCUGACGGAGCAGGAAGUGGAUGAGCUGGGGUACACCCUCUACUGUGCCCUCUCAGAUCCCGAAGGCCUGCUUAGAACUGCUGUGGCAAAGCAUCCCGAACCCUGAGAGCCCAGUCUCAGAAGUCAUGAUGGACAGGUGCCACAGCCUGUGUGACCAAGCUCUGCACUGCACGAGCAGACAAGUCACUCCAUAACAAUGUGUUGCCCAAAAUGACCGCCACUGUUGCCUGGGGGCACUGGUGAUGCAGAGUCAUAAUGAGGUUCCUGUGAAAACCACAGCUGCAUGGGAUCAUCUUCUUGUCUCCUGGAUCAACAAGCUCUCUUUGUACUUUUCUAUUUACUGACGUCUGUCUUAGGAAGUGUAAGACACACCGUAGCAGUUGUUUAGUGUCCAGCAGAACAAAAGAUCUUUUCAUUCUUGAAAUGCAAGUCAUACAUGCUAGGCCCGGUCAUCCAAAUAUCAUUGUAAUCUGACAUGAAAUGAAAGGCCCGCUGCAGUUCAUGGCUAUUAUUUUUAUAGCCACGGUAGGCAUAUUGUUGUUAGGGCCUGGUGCAUGGGAUGGAGGGGUUGAUGUCAGCAUCAUUUCAUAUAUGAGCCGGGAAGGGGAUAACGUGGAAUCUGAGUUAAGAUAUAUAAUGUUAAAUUAUGCUUGAAUUGAAAUUGGAAUCUAUUUUAUAUAGAAGGUCCAUGACAAUUUGAGGCUUAUUGCUUGGAGCGUUUCAGCUGGACAGACAUGCGUGAUGCAGCGAGCGGUGUUUUAACCCGAAGAGAGAUGGAAUUGGCCCUUCUGCUUAUCACUCCCAUUGUAUUGCGAGGUAGAAUGUAAUAUUGACUGUGUGUGUGUGUAUGCAAAACCCAAACGCUAAUAAAUUGUUGAUCAGCCUGAAGGACUCGAGUCAAUCGGCAUUCUUAACUAGAAAGAAAAAAGCUAACCUUCACUUAUAGGUGUCCCAUUCGUAAUCAUAUUUAUCCGUGAUAAUGAGCACUAUUGUCAUUGUUUUGAUACUGGCAAUUCAACUUGAAGUCUAAUUUUGGUGAGUGGUCUUCAUGAAAUUAAUCUGCACUCAAAAACGUGUGAUUUGUGUAUUUACAGGGUAAUGGAACAAAUUAUAAUAGGCUUUAUCGUCAAAUGAAAAAUGGAGAAAUGGAGAUUUUUUUUUUUUCAUGUCUGGAAUGUUUGCAGCCUGCAUGUGAGUCAUCUACCUAAACUGGAAACUUACCAGAUGAACAUAGACUGAAGUUGUGUGCAAAGUCGAUGUCUAUUUCUUAUCCCACAGUGUUUGUCUGUAAAUCAGAUAUCAAAUAAUUGAAUAUGCAUCAUUACCAUUUGCAAAUUUACAUUUCUGCCGGUUCAUAAAAUUAUGUCGUGAACAAUAUUAUCCCACCAAUUUUCUCAUUUCUCAAUUUUCUGUUUUUCUCAUGGGAAAAUCUUCUCUUUUUCUCAUGGGAAAAUCUUCUCUUUUUCUCAUGGGAUUGUGGUUGAUGUGAGCUAAAACUUCUUCCUCGUAAAGAAAAUUUAAGAUGCAAAUUAAGCCUCCCAUUUCUAUGUCCAACAUGUGGGUUUGAUAUGGCUGUAGAGAGCUGGGUUAUUUGUCUUGUGCAGCUUCUGCCAGUUGUCACACUGCAGUGUCAAAAUGUUUCGUGUUCUACCGUAGCUUUGCAGCCAGGUUGGUUUUAUUUCUGGUUGUGAUCGGACAUAAAUUAGAAAUGUGCUGUCUUGGCCAAGAAGUGGCAGAAACAAGAUGUUUUGUUGCCCCAAAUAUGACUGAAUUCCAAGUCACAUCCUCUGUUUUAGCUGCAAAGCCUUUCCUCUGCUAAGAUGUUUUUUGUCCAUAUUCCUGCAUAGAUUCUUGUUUACACUCUCUUGGGUUGGGUCAGGACCUCUGUAGCAAGAGCCUGUCUUUGGCUGGGGACAUAAAAAGUAAACGUAGUGUCGCAGCUACUUUCUCCCUGCAUUAUUUCUUACAAAUCCAUGACCACAGAUCUGCUCGAGACGUGUUUGGCCCUCCUUUGUGUGAAGCAGGCUGCGUUUUGAUUUGCCUGGUGGAUCAAUGAGCUCACUAUUAACUUGGCAAUCAGCUUCAUCCCUGAUUUCAGUAAGAUUUCAGCAUGUAGCCUUGCUGGCUCUAGUGUUGGUGUGCACAUGCUUUAAAGCAAGUCCAUGGCCAACCCUGAUUGGCUUAAAGGUGCUAAUCUGGCCCUGUUUCUCUUAGCAGGCAGCCAGACUAGGAUUAGAGCAGCACCUGGUUAUGGAGGACAUUUAGCACUGGUGGUUUUGAUGGAAUAUUGUACCAGUACCAUGUAUGACAUGGACCAGUUCAAGUACUGGUGAUCAGCACUGCCUGGCUUGUUGUGGCUGUCUGUGUUUAUGGAUAAAGAGUUUAUGGAGGCUGUUAUUUUAGGUCAUGAUCUGAUCAAGGGGGAUCUGGUCACUGAUCUUCAAUCAUCCCUGUAACAGCAGCUUUGAUAGCAAUCUGGGGAUAUUCCUGGAUAUUAGAUCAGCAAUGUUACUCUGUGGGACUUGAUGCAGUAGCGAUCCAGAUGAUACAGUUAUUACUCACUAAACGAUCCUGAAAAUAAUCACUUGGCUCCUUUUUGGUCUCACAAACCAGCCUUAGAACGGGGAAGUGCAGACAUAUGGAGCAGGCCUCUUAUUUUUAUCCUCAUUUUUGCUUCCCACUUCACAGUUUGUGUAGUGUACAAUAUGCAGGGUUUUGAGUUGUUUAUAGUUCAGUUGUGCAUUCAAGCAGUUCAAAAAUAAACAUCCAAAAAAAAAACAAAAAAACAUGGAGAUACAGGUUAGUAUUUUUGUAUUUAUUGUACAUUUGUAACCAAAAAAAGAACAGAGUAUUUAUGUUUGCGAUGAUUCAAUACUACAUGUAAAAUACCACUUGGUGUGCUUGAUGAAGUGCUUUGUUCUGGAUGUACUGAUACUUAAGUAUUGAUGUAUCUCAAAUCAAUCAGCAGUGGGUCUUCAUAGAGCUAGAGGUUGUUUGUGUGCAUAUUAAGUGUCUUCCUUUGCUUGCAGACCUGGCUUACGCUACAAAUUAUUACUGUGCAGUAGUGGGGAGAGUCACUGUGCCACAUUUGUAAUAUAUCUGUUACUCUAAAAAAAAAUAAAUAAAAAAAAAUGCCCAAAGUAGGUCACUACCUCUACCUUG